AGAGAAACAUAAUUAGAUAUCAAGAACCGAAAUGAAGUUCGGGAAGGAGUUCUCGUCUCAAAUGGUGCCAGAGUGGCAACAAGCUUACAUGAACUACGGUUCUCUCAAAAAGUGUCUCAAAGAUAUCAUGGCAUUCAAGCUCAGAAGCAACCAUGCAGCUCCUCGUGGUGGCGCCAAGAAUCACCACGGCGGAGGACUAAGCCGCAAAAUGACGUUGUACCGAACGUUUAGCGGCUUAGUCUCAACUCCGGGAAGACAUAGACGCGGUAAUUCUCAUGACCCAGAGGAAGGUGUACCAUUGACGGCGACCUCGGGUCCCAUUCUAGUGAACACCACCGUGGAUCACGGUUGCGUUACGACGUUUCUGAUGACGACGGAGGAAGGAGGAGAGUACGAGCUGGUGUUUUUCCGGAGACUAGACGACGAGUUCAACAAAGUGAGUAAGUUUUACAAAGAGAAAGUUGAAGAAGUGUUGAAAGAAGCGGUGGUGCUUAACAAACAGAUGGACGCUUUGAUAGCGUUUCGUGUCAAAGUUGAGAAUCCAGAAGGGUGGGGAUGGGAUGAACGUGCGGUGGAGAUCACUCAACUGGCUUCUGAUAUAGCUUCUUCCGCGGCGGCUAUCUCCGCUUCUUCUCCCGCCGGAGCUAGAUCUAUAAACGUUAGUAAAGCUCAUCUGGAGGCUAUACAGGAAGGAGGGUCAAGCAGAGCUGGACGAACGGAAGAUGUUGUUCAAGAAGAAGAAGAAGAAGAAUCAAAUGGAGCCUCGGCGUGUACCACAGCUAGAGACGUGAAUAUGACCAAGAUGAGAGCAAUGAGACCAGCUCCGCUAGAUAUUCUUGAUCGAGUGUGGUUAAACGACACCAAAGAGACGCCUCGUUCCACCAUCAAAGGAUUUCUCCAGAUAACGAAGCAGACCGAUUUAAAAUUCAGCAGAGAAAAUCUGAUGAUGGUCGAGGCGAAGCUGCGGCAAGCUUUAUUCGUGUUUUAUCAGAAGCUGAGGCUUCUCAAGAGCUACAGCUUUUUGAAUGUAUUGGCGUUCUCGAAGAUAUUGAAGAAGUACGAUAAGAUAACUUCUAGGGAUGCAAUGAAGCCUUACAUGAAAAUGGUAGAUACUUCACACCUUGGAAGCUCUGAUGAAGUUGUGCGACUCAUGGAGCGUGUUGAAGCUACUUUCAUAAAGCAUUUUGCAAAUGCUAAUCGAACAAAAGGAAUGAAUAUUUUAAGGCCUAAAGCGAAACGAGAGCGACACAGACUUACAUUCUCCACUGGUUUCUUGGGUGGAUGCAUUUUCUCUCUUAUUGUGGCUCUUGCAGCGAUUAUCCGCACUCGACACCUCUUGCAGCAGGAAGACCAAGAGCAAUACAUGAAUACUAUGUUCCCUCUUUAUAGCUUGUUCGGGUUUAUAGUGCUGCACAUAAUAAUGUAUGCUGCUAAUAUAUACUACUGGAAGCGAUACAAAGUAAACUAUUCCUUCAUAUUUGGGUUCAAGCAAGGAACUGAACUUGGAUACAGACAAGUCCUGCUUGUGGGUUUCAGUAUUGGAGUCCUUGCAUUGCUCUGUGUUCUUGCCAAUCUUGACAUGGAGGCAGAUCCCGAAACGAAAGGCUAUCAAGCAUUAACCGAACUUCUUCCUCUUUUCCUAUUUAUUGCUAUGUUUGUGGUUCUUGUCCUGCCAUUCAAGUUCUUCUACGGCUCAACUCGCCUUUUCUUCCUCACUAGUUUGUUUCAUUGCAUCGCCGCUCCUCUUUACAAGGUAACAUUGCCUGAUUUCUUCUUGGGAGAUCAAUUAACUAGCCAAGUUCAAGCUCUUAGAAGCAUCCAGUUCUACAUCUGUUACUAUGGUUGGGGAGACUUCAGACACAGAAAGAACACUUGUAAUACUGGUAGCUACAAGGCUUUCAUCUUCAUUGUUGCUGUUAUUCCUUAUCUCUCUCGCCUCCUUCAGUGCAUGCGACGGCUGUUUGAGGAGAAAAAUCCAGAGCAAGGGUGGAAUGGACUCAAGUACUUUUUAACUAUAGUGGCGGUUUGCUUGAGAACUGCUUACAGUAUCCAGAAACAUCAAGUCGCUUGGAGGGUCUUAGCCGCUAUUUUCUCAGUUAUAGCUGCAAUAUUCUCUACUUGGUGGGACUUUGUUCAUGAUUGGGGUCUUCUAAACCGGACAUCCAAAAACCACUGGCUUCGGGAUAAACUUCUCAUACCUCAAAAGAAAGUAUACUUUGUCGCCAUGAUCUUGAAUGUCCUGCUGAGAUUUGCGUGGAUCCAAACGGUUCUGGAUUUCAAAUUCUCCUUCAUGCAUAAGGAGACGAUGAUUACCGUUGUUGCUAGUCUGGAGAUCAUUCGUCGUGGUAUAUGGAAUUUUUUCAGAUUAGAGAAUGAGCAUUUGAACAAUGUUGGGAAAUACAGAGCCUUCAAGUCUGUCCCAUUACCAUUCAACUACGAUGAAGAUGAAGAUAAAGAUGAUUAAAGUUUCAUUGAGUAUUAUACUUUUUACCCACCAAAGUCCAUCAAACUGUUUCAUUUUUGUUGAUGUUUUGGGAUUUUAGUUGUGUAUUAAUUUAAGUGAUGUUUUCAAAAUUCUCUGCAAAUUCUUAUGUUAUUUGGUGGUUUCGACUAUUUGUAUUCUAUAAUAAAAAUUUUUGUUGGUUUGA